ACGUGGGGCGCCGAGGAUCGCAGUGCGCGUGGCCGCGGCGGCUGGUGUGGGGUUGAGUCAGUUGUGAGACCAGAGCUGCUGACCCAGCGGGCGGCCCUCAGACUCGGCGACCGAGCGGAAGGCGUCGGGGCGCGGCAGCCGUGAACUGGCCCCAUCGUCGAGCUCGGCCGAGCCGGCACCGUCGUCCGUCCUCAGCCAGCAAACCGCCGCCGCGGGCGCGCCCCCGCUCUGCGCUGUCUCCGAUGGCGUCCGCCUCCGGGGCCAUGGCGAAGCACGAGCAGAUCCUGGUCCUCGACCCGCCCACAGACCUCAAAUUCAAAGGCCCCUUUACAGAUGUAGUAACUACAAAUCUUAAGUUGCGAAAUCCAUCAGAUAGAAAAGUAUGUUUUAAAGUGAAGACUACAGCACCUCGUCGGUAUUGUGUGAGGCCCAACAGUGGAAUCAUUGACCCAGGGUUGACUGUGACUGUUUCAGUAAUGUUACAGCCUUUUGACUAUGAUCCCAAUGAAAAGAGUAAACACAAGUUUAUGGUACAGACAAUUUUUGCUCCACCAAACACUUCUGAUAUGGAAGCUGUGUGGAAAGAGGCAAAACCUGAUGAAUUAAUGGAUUCUAAAUUGAGAUGUGUGUUUGAAAUGCCUAAUGAAAACGAUAAAUUGAAUGACAUGGAGCCUAGCAAAGCUGUUCCACUAAAUGCAUCUAAACAAGAUGGACCCAUGCCAAAACCGCAUAGUGUUUCACUCAAUGAUACUGAAACAAGGAAACUCAUGGAGGAGUGUAAAAGACUUCAGGGAGAAAUGAUGAAACUAUCAGAAGAAAAUCGACACCUGAGAGAUGAAGGCUUAAGGCUCAGAAAGGUAGCACAUUCGGAUAAACCUGGAUCAACCUCAACUGCUUCCUUCAGAGAUAAUGUCACCAGUCCUCUUCCUUCACUUCUUGUUGUAAUUGCAGCCAUUUUCAUUGGAUUCUUUCUAGGGAAAUUCAUCUUGUAGAGUGAAGCAUGCAGAGUGCUACUACUACUACUACUACUUUUUUUUUUCCUUUCUCUUGACCAGAAAAGAUUUGUUUACCUACCAUUUCAUUGGUAGUAUGGCCCACGGUGACCAUUUUUUUGUGUGUGUGUGUACAGCGUCAUAUAGGCUUUGCCUUUAAUGAUCUCUUACGGUUAGAAAACAAUACAAACUGUUCGGCUACUGGACAAAUUGUAUAUUACCAGAUCAUCACUAGCAGAUGUCAGUUGCACAUUGAGUCCUUUAUGAAAUUCAUAAAUAAAGAAUUGUUCUUUCUUUGUGGUUUUAAUAAGAGUUCAAGAAUUGUUCAGAGUCUUGUAAAUGUUAUUUUAAUAAUCCCUUUAAAUUUUAUCUGUUGCUGUUACCUCUUGAAAUAUGAUUUAUUUAGAUUGCUAAUCCCACUCAUUCAGGAAAUGCCAAGAGGUAUUCUGUGGGGGAAUUGGUGCCUCUUACCAUGUAAAUUUUCUCCUUUACCUUUGCUAAUAUCAUGGCAGAAUUUUUCUUAUCCCUUGUGAGGCAGUUGUUGACUGAGUUUUUCAUCCUUACAAUCCUGUCCCAUGGUAUUUAACAUUAAAAAAAAAAAUAAAACUGUUAACAGAUUCUUGCUCGAUAGCUUGUUUGUGUCUGUCUUGUCAUUAGAUGGGGAUACCAGGGAGUCUCCUAUAUGGUAAUUUGGAAUUUAUACUGCAUAAUUUACGCACAUUUAAACCAUUUUGGAUAUUAAUAGUAUUUGUAGCUAAAUGUCCUCAAUCUAGUAAAGAAAGGAAUUGAUUAAAUUUCAAGCUACUUUUGGCAUUUUGGAAGAUCAUAAGCAAUUUGUCUUAAAGAUAAUACGAAAAAAAGAGUAAAUACCAUGAGAAUAAAAACGCUGUAAUUUUGGUCACUUUAUGUGUAUACCUUGUGGCUAUUGUGUUUGAUUUACCCCCUUCUUAACAGUUUCUCUUAUUUUUAGUAUCUCAAGGAAGAUUAAUUUUCUUUUGUUCUAGUCAAGUGGUUUUCAACCAGCCUAGUAAUUCUUCCUACUCAAUUUAAGACUCAAAAGUAAAUUUCCGUUAUGGAAAUUUGGUAUUUACUGAGCAAGCCUUGUGAAUUUUUCUUUCUGAAAAAUUACUUUAUUCUUUGCAAAUCUGCUAAAUUUUGUGAGUCACAUUCUUAGUAUAAAUAUUCAGUAGAGGGCCUGAUACUUUCCUGCACUUAGUCUCUUAUGUUUUCACUUACUUCAUUUGUCCUAGCAUAGAAAAUUUUGAAACCAGAGACAAUAUAUUCAGUUUUUUUACUGAGUACCGUCUAUAUGACUACAAGGAAUUUUGAUUUCUGAGAGUAUGUGUUGGUUUCAUAAGAGAUGUACUUCUGUCUAAAAGGGAAAUUGGACUUUGGGACUAGAUGUGGUGCAGUAAAGUGUUAGGCCCAGAUCUGUGUAUACACUUUAUUAAUGAAACGAUCUAAAAUUUUGUUGCCUUUUUUAAGUAUGUUUUGAAUUUGUCAGAUCAUAUGUAUUAUGUCAAUUGUGUUUUAUGGUAUCUUAUAAAACCUCUUGCUUGUGUGUAAAAGUUACUGAAAAAACACAAGUAAUGCCUAUCCAUUACAGCAUGCUGUUGCAGGUAAUGUUUCUGUUGUAUGCUUUACAUUCGUAACCCUCUCGGCCCCAUCUUUUUUUCCUUGAUAACUGGAAAAGCAUGCAAAAAAAGUCUUUGAUUUUUAUCCCAUAAAUUCAGAAUCACUGAUUCCUUGGCUUGAAGCUUUCUAUAUAAUUGACAUUGGUGAUAAGCAUCAAGCUUGAGAUUUUCAUAGCUAUCCUCUAAAAAAAUUUAAGAUCUCAGACAUUUAGUAAAGUCCCGUUUUAUGGGAAUGUUCUUUAGAAUUUAUUUUGUUCAUCCUCCCUUUUAGUUGUUGAAGAAUCUGAGACUUUUACAAGGGUUAAGGGAACUUUCCCUGUAUCUUGCAGGUAGGUAAAGGCAGAGCUGGAAAUAGAAAUUUGCUCUCUUGACUAGCUCAGUGGUAACUUUGUAGAAAAAGAAAAUUGUCUUAAUUUGACAUGACAAAUGAGUAUAAGAUGCUAUUUAAAAAGUCUGAAAUUUCCUAUCAUAAGAUUGUAUUAUGGGACUACUAUUGAACAAUCCUAUGUUUUGGUGUUUAGGGUAGAAAUCCCCCUACCUCCCACCACGGGUAAUAAACAUGAUUUGCAAUGUACUUUACGAAAUGCAUUAUACAGUAGUUGGUUUUGAGAUAGAUUGUAGUCUGGGUAACAUCUGCAAAAUAAAGUGUACAUGGGCUUCUUAGUGUUUACAUAUUGGGAGAUGGUCUGAUUGUAUAGGAGACUUGAUUCUUUUUAAUUGCUGUAUAAAAUGUGAUCAGAUUAUUUUACUACAAUCGUUACUUUAAAAGUCCAGUUGUAUUAAUUGACUGAUAAUAUAUAGAUUAAAUUGUUUGUCUUCAUUCCUCCCAUGUUUAGAGAUUUUUGCUUUGUCUGCCUGCUUACUUGUAUAUGUAAGCAUGAGGGAAAUAUACUGUUGCUAAUAUGAAAUCACAAUUGAGUAACUAAGGCCUUAAGUUCAUUAUGUGACGCUAAAUGCACUACCUUCCUUCAUUCUCUUUAUAACUCUAAUGUACCUUAACUUUACCCAUUCUUGUAUUUACCACAAACAAAUUUAAGAACUGUAUUCUGAGUGUGGUAUGUUAUCUUAAAAAAAAAAAAAAAAAGACACUUGGAAAAAAAUAUGUAUCAAAAUCAGAAAAUUCUGGUCAAAGAAAAGUAAUACUUUCAAGUAUCUUACAGCUCAGGAGUUCUCCAAAAUUGAUACCUGUUAUGGGAAUUACCUUUGGAUUGUAAACAUACAAAAUAUACACUUUGAAAACAAGUUUUAUCAGUAAGGGAAAAAAGAAAACAAAGGGUAUAUCCCCAAGUUGUGAUCUUCUGCCCCUUUGAAAGCAUUAAAGUAACAGAUUUCCUAGAGUGGUGCACCUUCCUACUCUGGUUUUUGGUUUGUGCAUAGAUUUUCAAGUCCACCUUUCGGAGAGUUAGGGAAAGAUCAUGUUUACCGUAUGAAAAAACAAGAUAUAAGAAGGUAAAUGAUCUUUAUUUUCUAGCUUUCAAAGGAAAUUAAACUAUGCGUGAAUAAAUAAAAUGUUUAAAAAUGUG